AUGGAGGGGAAUGGCUCGUCGUCAGGCGUGUCGCUCUACUCGAUGCUUCCGAACGACUGGGCCUCCGGCUCUCGACCGCCCUCCGUCUCUGCUGCUCAGCAACAGCAGCCUUACCUGCAGAGCUUUGCCGCCCACCACGGCGACGAGGACGAAGAUGAAGUAGAAGAUGAAGAAGUCGAAUACGGGCAGCAGGGCUCGGGCUACGAGGACUAUGGCGAGCAACAGGAGGAGCACAACGAAGAAGGCGAAGAAGUCGAUGAGGGGGAGGAGGCAGAGCAGUCCUACGAGGAGGAGCCACAGCAGCCGCAUGGGUACUACAUGCAGCCUCAGCAGUCUGCAUUCAGCAGCUACGGCAGUGGCUUCGGCUCCGAACACGAAAACGUAGAGCAGGACGAAGAAGUAGAAGAAGAAGAGGAGGAGGAGGAAGAAGCUCACGGCGAGCAGGGCCUGUUGCAAGCAGGCGCGGGCUUCAUGGCACCCUACGGCAUGCCCUGGUACGCCGGCGCUUCGUCGUCCGGGUCGGUCUCGACCACGUCGGCCUCUUCGUCCUUCACCAACGCCGCCAGCGCCUUCUUCGGCGGAGGCAGCCGCAGCAAUUCGUUCGUGUACGGCGGCAUGUCCUUCGCCGGCGCGCUCCCAGGCAUGGCCGCGCCCGCCGGCACGCUUCCGCUGGCGAUGAUGGGCACCGACGCCGCCGCGUCGGCCCACGAGUCGCACGACGACGACGACAAAGCCGAGGCCGAGGCCGGGGUGCACGCCGAGCUGAAGGAGUUCCCCAAGCACUCGCAGCCGUGGCACCAGCAGGACGAGAACGACGUCUACCACGCCGAGGAGGAGGUACUCGACGACGAUGACGAGGAGAGCCAGGAGGACGACGACGAACCUCUGCCCGUUCCCACCGCCACGCCCGCCAUCGCCAGCAGCAGCAGCAGCAGCUCGACUCUGUCUUUGUCCUCGACCAAAGUGGACAAGCAGAAGGAGGUCACUGCCGGUGACUCGGCCGCGGAGGUUGUGUCGGGGCAGGCCGACGAGUCCCAGCCCGACUUCCAGCGACCGGUGUGGGUGGAGGACAAGUACGCCGCCUCGUGCGCCAAAUGUACAGUAGACUUCAGCUCCUGCUUCCUCGGUCUGCCUCCCGACUUUGGCUACAAGACGCCCCAGCGCACCUGCCGCGCGUGCUACCUGCAACACUCUACUGUGGACUACACCAAGAAGUACGACACAUUCGGACCAGAAGAUGCUCCGUUGGUCGUGCUGCUGCACGGAGCUGCGGCCACCCGCAAAUCGUUCGCCCUCCAAAUCGAAGCCCUCAAGUCGGACUACAGGCUGGUGGUGCCCGACCUUCCCGGUCAUGGCUCUCGCGACAACCAGCAGUUCACUAUGCAAACGGCCAUGGACGUGGUCGAGGAGGUCAUCCGCGCGCAUUCGCCUGAAAAGCGAGCCAUCAUCUUCGGCUACGGGCUGGGCGGAUUUGUUGCGAUGUCGCUGGCGGGUGCUCGUCCCUACCUGUGCCGGGCGAUCGUGGUGGGCGGGGCGGCCAGCAACCAGACCGAACGCGGUGGCCUCUUCCUGGCCAUCCUCAGCCUCAUGUGGACCUCCAUCCCCAAACCGCUCCUCUCGCGAGCCGGCAGAGUAACGCUGGACAAGUACACCCGGAUUUCGGAGGAGCUCGUCAACCGUCUCUUCCUGCGCCCCGGCAUUCAGUACGCGGCGUGGCCGGACAUCUUGAGUGCCGUCGGCACAAACGAUUUUGGAAAACACCUCACCCUCUACCCCGGACCCGUGCUCUUCUUCCACGGCCAGCACGAUAACCGACAUUCCGAGGGCGAAUGGAGUCGAGCGGCGCGUAAGGCGAAGGUGGAGGUGAUCGACGACGCGGGCCAGUGGGUGCUGGUGGACGAGCGCUACCACGCCCGCGUGUCGGCCCUCGUGGGUGGGUUCAUCCAGGACGUGUUCCGGAUGGAGGAAGAGGAGGAGAAGCGAAAGAACGAAGAACGCGAGCGAGAGAUCGCCCGGCGCAAGUCGGCCCAGCAGCCUCGUGCACCGGCGGCCGGCGGCCAGCCACCACUUCCGGACAACGGCGCCGCCCUCUUCAAGGACGCCGACUGGCUCUUCGCCAAGGAGUGA